GUCCAGAAGCAUCCUCUUCUGCAAUGAGAUUACAAUCAAAAGAAGUAUCAGAUGCAAAGAGUUCAAGAUCAACUGAUGCAGGAGGCAUUUCAGGAUUAUCUUCGUCAGUGAAGAAGUCGGAAUCAAAAGGUACAAACCAACCACAUGAACAGGGGAGAAGAAAUUAUUCGUAUCCGCCCAAUUACGCCUCACUAGUUCUAUUCUUCAAGCUUAUGAUGAAGGCCAUGCUAAUUAUUCUGGGAAUUGGCAUUUGGAAGAUAAAGAAAAUCCAAGAAAGGAAAGAGCGACAUAUAUGGGCUAAUCAGGUCAUGAAUGAACUGGUUCAGCGUACUUCCUUAUACAAGUACCAAAAUACUGGACGAAAUCCCCAUCAACCAAACAAAGAUAAAGAAGAAUGUGAUGUUCCUAAUCCUAUCUUGUUAGACCAAGCCCCGUCUUCAGCAGUCGAUCAUGUACCAUCUAAAGGUGGAAAUAAAAAUGUUGAAACAAAACUGUCGUCCUCAAACCAAAACAAGUAUCAGAUAGAGAGUGAUCAGAAUCAACCAGCACAUGAUUACGAACUUGGACUCAACAACGGUAAAGAGAGGAAGGAAAACAAACCCUUGGGAGAUAAGAAGAAUGGAAAUUGUGAAGCAGAUAAAAAGCAGACACCAAUAUUAAUUGCAGCAAAGAUGGGAGUGACAGAAAUGGUAGAAACAAUCCUAGACAAGUUCCCAGUGGCCAUCCAGGAUGUGGACUCUGAUAACAAGAAUGUUGUACUGUUAGCAGUUGAGAACAGGCAACCCCAUGUUUACAAUCUCCUGCGGAAGAGAAAGAUACUAAAAGAAAGCUUGUUGCGUCAGUUGGACAACCAAGGUAACAGCGCUUUACAUCUUGCCGCUAGAUGUGGACAGUACCGGCCUUGGCUUAUUCCAGGCGCUGCAUUGCAAAUGCAAUGGGAAAUCAAGUGGUAUAAGUUUGUCAAAAGCUCAAUGCCACAUGGUUUCUUUGUUCGCUACAACAAAAAAGGCCAGACCCCAAAGGAGAUCUUCAUAAAUACACACCGAAAUCUUAUAAAAGAAGGCAGCAAAUGGCUAACUAAAACCUCGGAGUCGUGCUCUGUGGUUGCAGCUCUCAUUGCAACGGUUGCAUUUGCAACAUCAGCAACUGUACCAGGUGGACUUAAUCAGAAUACAGGUGAACCAAUUCUUAAGGACGAGUCAGCAUUCGGUGCCUUCACCAUCUCAUCACUGACUGCUCUCUGCUUCUCAGUAACUUCCCUGGUCUUCUUUCUUUCAAUUCUCACUUCUAGAUAUGAAGAAAGCGAUUUUUCAAUGGACUUGCCUCGGAAACUUUUGCUGGGUCUAACAUCACUCUUCGCAUCUAUAGCUUCCAUGUUAGUCUCAUUCUGCACAGGGCAUAUCUUUGUCCUCAAACAUCAACUGAGAUAUGUGGCAUAUCCAUUGUAUGCAGCAACUUGCUUGCCGGUCACCUUUUUCGCUCUUGCACAGCUGCCCCUUUACUUUGAUCUCAUGAGGGCCAUCAUCAGAAAGGUACCACAGCGGAGCUAUGAGGUCUUUCCACACUAGUUCUUCAUAUGUUAUGGUAACAAGGUCUAAUGGGUUAUGCAGUUGAUCAUCUUGAGUGUUAAAAUUUGCUUUGUUAUGUUUUGUUUUGCUUUGAGAGUGAGGUUUAAUCAUGUGGAAUUUUUUGUAUGUGAAUGUUGUCAGUUCGACAUUAGUGUUA